UUCUUUGCGGUUGGUUUCCCUUCUCUCAAUUACCGACCCAGUCGUAGAUAUACAUCACCCCAGCCGUUUCAACGAUUUCAUGAAUCAAAAUACCGACUAGCCGCCGGAUAGAAAGUCGAAUCGACGCGUGGCGUGUUUUUCAGUGAAUAAGAUACUGCAUUUAGGAUAGUGGAAUCGUCGUCGUAGUUCCGUACUAAGUGCACGUAAUAAUACUUAUUUUCUGAACAGCUUAUUUCUUGUGUAUCCGGGUUUUAACGCAACGGACAGUUGACCGCGAAUCGUUUGUGAGACAGCGUGAAUGAAUUUGGGGAAGCACAUUCCUGUGUAAAGAAGAAUCGCGGUGAGACGAGCAAGAACCGCAAGGAGCAGCACAACGUAUUGUGGAAAGUGAUAAAAGGAAGCGCGGAAAACGCAACAAGGCCGAAACGUGCCGGGAAAUUCGUUUAGCUAAUUGUGUGUAUCUGUGCGUUUCUUUUUUUAUGUGGGUGCGACAGCGCCGCCACCACCAACAGUGAUUGUGCGGUGAAAAGUGGGAAGUCACAUAAUUUAUACCGUGUGUCGUGAUCCCAGCGAUUUUCUCGGAUCAGUACCCAUAUCCACGACACGACAGAAGGUGUGAACGAUGACUAACGAAGCGGAAAAUCAGCUGACGGAGAAGGACGUUGGUGGUGUGGGCGGUGGUGGGGGAGGAGGUGAGAAGGUCGUCCUGAAGCGCAAGAUUACGCUGAUCAAUGGAAUAACGAUUAUCGUCGGUACGAUCAUCGGAUCGGGCAUUUUUGUCUCACCUGCCGGAGUGUUCCUGUAUACCAAAUCGGUCGGCUCAUCGCUCGUCAUCUGGUGUCUUAGCGGUAUCCUGUCGACGCUGGGAGCCCUGUGCUACGCCGAGCUCGGCACCUGUAUCACCCGUUCCGGAGGCGACUAUGCCUAUCUACUUGUUGCGUUCGGGCCACUUGUUGGCUUCCUCCGGCUGUGGAUGGCCCUGCUCAUCAUACGGCCCACCACUCAGGCCAUCGUGGCGCUAACCUUCGCCCAGUACGCCGUAAAGCCGUUCUUCCCGGAGUGUGACGCGCCGGAUAACUCGGUCCGGUUGCUGGCAGCCGUGUGCCUAUGCUUCCUAACGGCCAUCAAUUGCAUCUCAACGAAAUGGGCCAUGAAGAUCCAGAAUGUGUUCACGAUGGCCAAACUGACGGCCCUGGUGUCCAUCAUUGUGGCCGGCGUGUGGUACAUGGCGACGGAGAAAAGCGACAACUUUGAGAACGCGUGGGAGGGCGACUAUGCCCUUUCCAGCUUGGCCUAUGCUUCGUAUUCGGGGCUGUUCGCGUUCGGCGGGUGGAACUAUUUGAACUUCGUGACCGAGGAGCUGGAGAAUCCGUACAAGAAUCUACCCCGCGCAAUCUGGAUCGCCAUGCCCCUGGUAACCGGCAUCUAUGUGCUGGUCAACCUGGCCUACUUCGCUGUCGUUCCACGGCAUGAUAUGCUUGCUUCGAUUGCCGUGGCUGUGAACUUUGGAAACCGCGUGUUUGGCCCACUGGCUUGGUUGAUUCCGGUAUUCGUCGCUAUGAGCUGCUUUGGUGGAGUCAACGGUAUCCUGUUCACCUCGGCUCGAUUGUUCUCGACAGGAGCGCAGGAAGGCCACCUACCGGCAUGGUUCUCGCUGGUACAUGUGAACCGACAGACCCCGAUACCGGCCUUGAUCUUUACGUGCGUAACUUCGAUCCUCAUGCUAAUGACGCCCAACGUGGUAGCCCUGAUCAACUACUUCAGUCAGAUUUUAUGGCUUUCGGUGGCAGCCUGUAUAGCUGGUCUACUGUGGCUACGUGUGACCAAACCCAACAUGCCUCGGCCGAUCCGGGUGAACCUAGCGCUUCCGAUCAUCUUCCUAACGUGCUGCCUGGUGCUGGUCCUGCUGCCCUCAUUCACCGAACCGAUGAAUCUAAUAAUCGGCAUGGCCAUCACACUGUCCGGAGUGCCCGUGUACUACGUGUGCGUCGUAUGGAACAAGAACAAAAACCGCUCGCGGAACGUGAUCAUGCUUUGGAUCGAACGUGGAUGUCAGAUCCUGUUCAACGCUGCGUUCGUCGACUGUCACCACGAUCGGAAGAACGACCGGGAAAUGUCCGACAUGCAGACCAGUAUUGUUGACGAGAGAAAUGUCUCCGAGUGAGGCGUCGGGCAUUCAAACCCAAACGGUUAUCAAAAAGAUUUCACUGUCUCAGAAUGACAUUUUACAAAGAAGCGCAAAGCUGCGCGAUUGCAUUUAUGGGGCGUCGUUGGACACAAGGUGACCAACAACCGACACUAUUGAUUAGUGCUUAGUGAUUUUUUUUAGGUUUCAUCAUUUUAAGGUAUUUAGCUUAGGCGUUUUGUCUAAACAAGAGGAUUUAUUUUGCUACUCGGCGUGCAGCUGCUGCAAAAAGGAAAACAAAAUAGUUGUGGAAAUCUUUAUCGAUAGAUCAAUAUUGAUGUCCCAAGAUCUGAAGAAGAACAUGAACAAAAAUAUACACAAGCUAACAGUCGCAAAAGGCUGACAAAACUUUAUAGUUGUACAAUACAUUUAUAAAUAUAUAUGUGUACUUAAUAAAAGUAUUAAACAGUA